AUGCAAGGCUCACCCAUGGAUGCCGCCAGAACUGAGUUGGUGACCAUUCUCCGACGACUAGUGGGUGGAACUUCAAACGACUCCAAAGAUGCUGUGACUCAAUUGAGGGCCCACUUCAAUGACUCCCAUUUUACCUUCAAUCUACAUCGUAUCGUUGGCGACUCCACCAUCGACGAUGCUACUCGUAUCGUUGCCGCCCGGGUAUUCGCAGAGAGUCUAUAUUUCCUAUGGACCGACAAAGGUCGAACACGUUGCGUUAGAUCAAACUCCUCGAUUCCAAGCCACAAGAAUAUAUAUCCGGGCAAAUCUUAUCUCGUGCUGAGGUCGGAUAUGAGGCGCAUCCCUGUCGGAGAAAGGGGGGAUAUCCAAACUGAUUUCUUCCCUAUACUCCUCAAAAGUUAUCAGGUGGAGGGUAUUCGCCCUGCGUUACUUGAUAGCUUUCUCACUAUCGCCUAUACCGAUUUGAAGUGGGUGAAAGCGGUUGAUUCGAUUUUUGAAUUUAUUGGAGAUGGCUCAAACAUAGACGAUGUCAAUUGGGGACUUACCUUGCUCUCUGAAUACGUGAAAGUUCUUUGUGUUAGAACUGAUGGCUCAGAGAAACAGCUCGACAACAUGUUACCCGACAUCAUCAAACGCAUAACUCCGUUGUUUGAUUGGCUUACACCGUACCUUGUCCCCGUGGACUCGCCACAUCUGACCGAAGCUUUGCGCACAAUCCUUUCCAUUUGCUAUGACCUCACUACAAAGACAGAUCAAUUUCGCGAGACUUUGAAUGGUGACGAGCUAAACAUCUAUCACCAUUGGCACGUGCUAAUCAUGAAACAUCCACGACUUCACACCAUGACCAAGAACUACACCGAGACGAAACUCCAAAAGAGCUGGAUGUUAGUGAUAGCGUGGUGUUUACGAAGCUUCAGCCGGUUACCAAUGGCAUACGAGGAGGAUAAAUUUAUUUAUCUUUGGAGUUUUGUCGAGAGGUGGAUUGGCAAAGACAUCGAACUUCUGAACGAAGCACUUUAUUGGGUUUUUGAUUCUAUCUUGCACUCGCUGCAUGGUUGCUGGCCGCUUUUUGUCAAACAUCUUGAAACUUUAAUUCAGCAAGUUUUGUUCCCCUUAAUGAGUGCUAGCACGGAAUCAUUCACAGGUGAUAAAGAAAAUCCAGUUUCAGCAGUGAAAUCGUAUCUGUUGGGUCAACACCCUACUUUACAUGCAGACGAGUUGGCAGCUAAAUUAUUGAUCAGUCAUCUACUCGACGAGCACUACGAUCGUGGUAUCGAUAUUAUCAUCGACAUGAUGACUGACAUCUUUGAUCUACGAGUCGAAGAUAAGUUGCUGCUACCAAUAGCGCGAAACACGGAGGGAGCAAUGCGUAUGUUUAAUAUCGUGGUACAAAUGGUUCCUAAUUCAAUGUUCACUCCCGAGGAAAGCUUUCUGAUGUUCAUGCAAUAUAUUUAUCCCGAAUUAUGCAUCGAAACUAUCGAACUGUUCCCAUGGUUAACCGCUCGUGCUUGCUGUUCGGUUGUGUCAGUUCCAUUCUUCUACUACGCUGAACACGUGGAUCNCGAACUGUUCCCAUGGUUAACCGCUCGUGCUUGCUGUUCGGUUGUGUCAGUUCCAUUCUUCUACUACGCUGAACACGUGGAUCUGGCUAAACAAGUUUUUGAAGCGGUGAUGAAUUGUUUCAAUCAGCAAUCUCUGUUGACCGUCCGAAUUAUGGCGGCGUAUGCCGUAGGGUUUCUUGGAGAGCUCGGGUUUAUUGAAGAGUUAAUGAGACCAAAUGCAGUCGACAUUUGCAAUCAACUUUACAAACUAUCCCAAGAAUACCCACUUGAGGUGUUGACAAGAGCAAUGGAUUCCAUUGCGAGUCAUUUUCUCGUAUACUCCUUGCCGCAUGUCUGCCAUGUGGUUUUAAGGGGUGAUGGAAACGGUUCGCGAACAUUUAGCCUGGCAAAGGAGUUGGUAACAAACAUAGCUGCAUUUCUCAAACCGAUACGCCAUGAUGUUAAAGAAGUACUAGCGUUACAGUUUGUGAAAAUCGUGGAGAUUGUUACCAGUGUUCAUUAUUUGACGACGGAACCUCUAGUUCCCAUAAUUUACGGUUUUGCUGAUUCCCUUGAUAAAACGCUGGCAGAUGUAUGGGAUUUGUAUCGGGUAGUCGUCGAUGCCUUGUUGAAAACUAAAAACAAUGAGUUGGACUUGUUGCACUUCCUUCAUUUCCUCAGGAAGAUAGUCUACCAUGGGUUUCCUGGCUUACCUCCGAGCUCAUCUCAUGUCCAAGAUCUCACACUAGUUUGCUUGGAUAGGAUUCGGUACAAUGACUCCAUCAAUAGCGAGGCGAUUCGUGGAGCUUAUGAGCUUCUAGAGUUGAUAGUGUUGACACUCGGCGACAAAAUGGCUUCAUUACCUCAACUUCUUAAUAGUUUGUUCCUGGUAUCGCGGGUACACAUUGCCGACGAUUCCAAUAGUGGGCCCAACGUUGACGCAUUUUUAUUAGUACGGGUGUUACUUGCGGCAAUCAUAGCUGAUGCCAACACCACCCUCAGAUCUAUGGCUGAAGAACAAUUUGUGCCCAUCUUCUUUGAAGUUUGGGAGGAACAUGAGGAUAAGUUCAACCAUUUGUAUGGAUUGAAACUUCAGAUGUUGGCGUUGAUGCUGAUAUUUCUGCUGGAUGAGCUCGAAACAUUGCAACCUGAGCACCUUCUGUUCAUUGCGAAAAAGUUAUCAUCUGGUAUGAAAUCACUUCGUCGAGCAACCAGGGCGCCGCUUUCUUUACAUGGCAAUUGCAACCACUCGCCCGAGCUGGAAGUUGUGGCUCAAUUGCAAUGUAAAGACUGUCGUCAUUUUUGUCGAGUAAUGCUUCUUCCAGCUCUGCCACCCAGGGUGAGUCCCUUGUACGAUUUGGAUAUUUUUAAGGUCACAACAGAUCGUGCUGAAGACAUUGAAAAGUGGCUGCAGUUGUACCAUGAACGCAAAGGCGCUGGCGAUGACGCCAACUAA